AUGCUACUGAGGGAGUGUCAGCAUGAAGACUUCACUUCGUUGACCACUUGUCCUCCACUUGUCUCCUACAGGUACGAGCCCCAGCGUGAUGGAGGACUGCUGCUGAGGGAGUGUCAGCGUGAAGACUCUGCCAACUACACUUGCCACGCCAGCAACCCUCACGGCACUGACCACGUCCUCUACACUCUCAUCGUUAUGGUGCCUCCCAGUGCGGCACUGCUCCACUCAGUGGGUUCCACACCGACAACGGUGACAGUGUCCUGGAGAGCAGUGGACGACGGUGGCGCCCCCAUCAGGAGACUCACUCUUACCUGGCGCCCUGACCCAGGGGAGUGGAGGGAGGUCACCUUAGCCCGCCACCUGACGCAGUUCACCCUGCAGGAGCUCACCUGCGGUACAGAGUAUCACAUGUACCUUACCUCACAUAACAAGAUAGGAGCAGCGGCGGCCAGCGAGGUGAUCAGUGUACGGACUAAGGGAAGCAGAGCCAGCCCCCCGCCACAACACCGUGUGCUCAGCGUCAACGUGUCUGCUGUUAGUGUCCACCUGGCUGCUUGGAGGGACAUUCUCUGCCCCAUCAACUCCUUCAUCGUCAGGCUCAGACUAACCAGCCACAGAGAAUGGCAGAGCGUGAGCGGUCGCCUGCCGGGGAUGCAGACUGAGUACACACUGGCAGAUCUGAAUCCUGCUACCUCUUACGAAGUCAGCCUCACCGCCACUAAUCCUGCCGGAGACACCACGGUGACUUACUCCUUCACUACCCUCGGCCUCACCGGAGAGCAUCUGCAUGAGGGGCUGGGGACCCUCGGGGCGGGCGGCGUGCUGAGGUCAUCGGCAGGUGGUGUCGGGUGGUGGGCCCAGGAGGUGCUCACUGACCCAGCCUUCAUUGUCCCGGUUGUCGUCUCCUGCAUCGCCCUCGUCUCUAUCGUUGUCGCGAUCACACUCUGCCUCAGGAGAAGAUCAGGUGGGGGUCAGGAGGGUCCUCCAGACGAAGAGGAUGGAGAUGCUUCAGUGACUCCAGCAGCAGAGAACAAGAGUAACCUAGCGGUGAGAGAGCAAUACUACGCUACAGUCAGGAAGCCGGCACCUUCUCCCAUACAUGAUGUCAGCACUCUGGAGAGAAUACCAGAAUAUGCAGAGGACAUAUAUCCUUACGCCACUUUUCAAAUCCAGCGCCAGGAAGAGACGCUCUCUACGCAUUUCCAGACUUUAGUGUACCAAGACCCGAGAAGAGCCACAGUGGAGACCCUCGCUUAUAGGAAGACCAGAAGCGGCAAUGUGGGCGACACAAGAGAUGGAAGAGGCAGUAGAGGAGGAGGGGGAGGUGGAGGAGGAGCAGCAGCAGCAGCAGCACGUGGAGAAGAAGGAAGGGGAGGAGGAAGAGUAGCAAGUGGUGGUGGAGAAGGAGGGGAAGGAAGCGAUAAUUACGCCAGGGUGAAGAGGUGUCGCAUCAAAUACGGUGGAGAGAGUGAAGACUACGAUGACAGCCUCAACAGUGACACUGAUACUGAUCAUGCUGCUUUCUCCCGCACCGAGAGUUCAGCCCACCUAGACGACACCCCACUCUCUGCCCACAACCACCACCACACCCCACUGUCUGCCCACAACCACCAUCACAACCCUCUCUCUGCCCAUAACCACCACAUCCCCCUCUCUGCCCAUAACCAUCACCACACACCCCUCUCCUCCUAUAACAACCACCACAGUAAGGCUUAGACCCACCACACGCCCACAACCACUACACGCCCACAACCACACACCCAUUACCACCACCACACACCCAUUACCACCACCACACACCCAUUACCGCCACAACCCUUCCUCAACCAAAGCCACCCGCCUCAUCCUCCAUUCUGCCUGCAACCAAAAUUACGUAAGUUUUAAUUUAAAACCAUUCUAGUUAAUUUUCCACCAACCACACGGCCUCCGCCAUAAAUAUAUGUCUAUAACCACCCCGAGCCUAUAGCCCCAAUAUAUCAACGGCAUGUGUACAAACCCCAGUGUACACAGUGCCAUAACCACAACUACAUUCCUGCAACCACCGGCACUACAAUCCCCACAGUAACUGCAUACCUACACUACUACUGCACGCCAAAGUCACUGCCACUAC